AUGAUGCCACUCCUUGGAUCCAUCGAGGAGCGUCUGAAGCAGCUCCAGGACGCACACCGAGACUUUGGUCCGGGAUCGCAGCACUUCCUCUCCAGUUCAGUGCAGAUACCAUGGGAGCGUGCGAUCUCCCCCAACAAAGUGCCCUACUAUAUUAACCACCAAGCGCAGACAACAUGCUGGGACCAUCCAAAGAUGACAGAACUGUACCAGGCACUGGCGGAUCUGAACAACAUCAAGUUCUCAGCGUACAGGACGGCCAUGAAGCUGCGGCGGGUGCAGAAAGUGCUGAGAUUGGACCUGAUGGCCCUUGGCAGUCUGGGAGAGUUGUUCCGAGAGCAAGAUCUGCAGCAGCCUGAGCAGGUGCUGGAUGUGGUGGACGUGAUCCAUGGCCUCACGGCGCUGUACGAGCGGCUGGAGGAGGAGCACUCUGUCAUGGUCAACAUCCCCCUGUGCGUGGACAUGUGCCUCAACUGGCUGCUCAACGUCUACGACAGCCCCCGAAAUGGAAAGGUGCGUGUGCUGAGUUUUAAGAUGGGUCUUGUGAGCUUGUGCAACGCCGACGUCCAGGAGAAGUACAAAUUCUUGUUCCGUCAGGUGGCGUGUCCUGGUGGCUCUACAGACCAGCGCCACCUCAGCAUGCUGCUGCACGAGGCCAUCCAGAUCCCCCGACAGCUGGGGGAGGUGGCCGCCUUCGGGGGCAGUAAUGUGGAGCCCAGUGUCCGCAGCUGCUUCAGAGUGGCUUCUGGGAAAGCCACAAUCGAGGUGUCUCACUUCCUGGAGUGGAUGAGCCUGGAGCCUCAGUCCAUGGUGUGGCUGCCCGUCCUGCACCGUGUAGCAGCAGCUGAAUCCACCAAGCACCAGGCCAAGUGCUCCGUGUGCAAGCAGUGUCCCAUCAAGGGCUUCAGGUAUCGCAGCCUAAAGCAGUUCAAUGUGGACAUCUGCCAGACCUGCUUCCUGACGGGUCGCACCACCAAGGGAAAGAAGUUGCACUAUCCCAUCAUGGAGUACUACACACCUACAACAUCAGGGGAGAAGAUGAGAGACUUUGCCAAGACUCUGAAGAACAAGUUUAGGUCAAAGCAGUAUUUCACCAAACACCCACAGAGAGGCUACUUACCUGUACAGUCUGUGCUGGAAGCCGACACCUCCGAAACACCGUGCUCGUCUCCGCGACUCCCCCACGCCGACACGCACAGCCGCAUCGAGCACUAUGCCAGCAGAUUGGCAGAGAUGGAAAGCCAGAAUUGCUCCUUCUUCACAGAUAGCCUUUCUCCUGAUGAAAGUCUGGAUGAAGACCAGUACCUCCUGCGUCACUCCAGCCCGGCUCUGGACCCGGACUCCCCCUGUCAACACAUGCUGCUGGCCCAACUGGAGCACCAGGACAAGGACCAGCUGCAGAGGACCCUGGCCCGUCUGGAGAACGAGAACAGGGUGCUGCAGGGAGAGUACAGGCGCCUGAAGUGGAAGCAUGAAGAGGCUGCGUCGGUGCCCAUGCUGAUGGAGGCGGGGGAGGAGGCUCUGGGCUCUCCCACCGGAGGAGCUCAGGAUGAGGAGCUGCUCGCUGAGGCCCGGGUCCUGCGUCAACACAAGAGCCGCCUGGAAACACGCAUGCAGAUCCUGGAGGACCACAACAAGCAGCUGGAGUCUCAGCUGCGGCGCCUCAGGGAGCUCCUGCUACAGCCCAAAGACGACUCGGAGGCCAACGGGUCAGAGCCCUCCACGCUGUCAUCGCCCGUGUCUGGGGCCGGACGCCACGGAGAGCCGGCCGAGAGCAGAGAGACCACCGACACGGAAACAGCAGGAGAGGAGCCGGAACACGAGCAGGACACAGUGUUGCAGUUACAGGAAGUCAUCGAGCAGCUCAGAAAUGUCUUCCCCUCGGAGCCGGGCACCACCUCUCACAUCUGA